UUUCGGCUUGAGCGAAACGACUCCGCCUCUCGUCGCUGGUCUCAUUGGAGACCUACGCAAUCCUACGCACCCACGAUGAUGCGACGACUGCAAGCGGCGGAGGAGGGCGACCCAUGGUUCGCUCUCUUGUUGACCUGUUGUGCUGGCUUAGCCACCACCAUUGGUGCUGCCAUGGCCUUCUGUGUCAACACCAACGACAACCGGGUCUUUGCCAUUUGCCUCGCCAUCUCAGCUGGAGUCAUGACUUAUGUUUCCUUCGUUGAAAUCCUCUUCAAAGCAGCCGAAAAAUUUCAGGAGGCUGGCUAUGGCGAACACGAUGCCUUCUCGCUCGGAACCUUGGUGUUCUUUUGCGGCUUGGUGGUGUCCAUCUUCAUUGAGAUGGUCGCCAUGUGUUGCUUCAAGAGACAUUCCAUGGAGAAUAAAGCCUUUCACCACGGCAGCGCGCAAGAAGUGGCCCAAGCGCAUCAGGAUCCAGAUCAACUGGCCCGUGCCAUUUCUCCAGACAACCAGGAGCAGAAGGUGCAGGCAUCCGACGUGGAAGUGCAAAUGACCCAGUCUGGCCAGCAAAAGCCCUUGAGUGGCAUGGAACGAGUGAAUAUGCUGCAGAUGGCGGCCUUCUCUGGGGCAGCGAUUGCGUUGCACAACUUCCCAGAAGGCCUGGCCACCUUCGUGGCCACUUUGGAGGAUCCCAGCUUCGGGGUGCCCAUGGCCUUCGCCAUCGCCAUUCACAACAUCCCCGAAGGUUUGGCAGUGGCUGCGCCAAUCUUGAAGGCCACGAAUUCCAAGUGCAAGGCCUUUUUCUGGGCCUUCCUGUCCGGAAUGUCCGAGCCUUUAGGUGGUCUCUUGGCAUGGCUGGUGUUGAAGGAGAUAGUUGGCCCAGUGAUUGAUGCCAUUCUCUUUGGCAUCAUCGGUGGUGUCAUGAUCCACAUUUCCUUCCAGAAGCUACUGCCGACUGCGCUGAAAUAUGAUCCGGAGAACAAAUACACCGCGUACUCCUUCUUUGUUGGAAUGGCUGUGAUGGCUGCUUCUUUGGUUGUCUUUGGGUACUGAUUCAUCAGCCAUCAGUCUCAGUCUCUUAUCUUGGAUGUGCAUCCCACG